AUGGAAAAUCGCCGUAGAAAGAACAGUUCAGGGGACAAAUUUUCAUUUCCGAUUAUAAUGCCAGUUCAAGAAGGACAAGAACUGGAAUUUGAGUUUUCUGGUAGCGCAUCGCCAGGGUCUCCAAAAUCACCAGCAGAUCAUUUAUUUUUCAAUGGUAAACUCUUGCCACAUUAUUUCCCAUGUCAACCAGCUAGUAAUAUUAGCAGUCCAAUAUCAUUUUCGCGAUCAACGAGCAGAACAAGCAGUGUUAGUAGCAAAGAUUCACUCUUGUCUUCGCGCAGUAAUAGCACAAACAGUAGAAGUAGCUGCAGUAGCAGUGCAAGAACAAGCAUAAGCGAAACCUCUGAACUCAAACUAAUUGGUCAAGGGAAAAAAUCAGCUUUUACUAAGUAUAUGAACUCGUCGAGUAAUAUGCAUACCGGUGUUUCACAAAAGUUGCAGUUUAUUGUGACACCAGCGCCAGUUAUGAAGAAAAAGCGACAUGUUGUUGUUUCUGGAUCUAAGAAAGAGAGUACUACCAAAGGACGCAAAGAAUUAAAGUCAAGGAAACAGAAAAAGAAAAAUG